CUCUGUACCUUGAAACUCUCUACUUAUGCUCCUGACUGGCAUCUGCUGUAGAACUUCAUAUAUUUGAGAAGCAUCAGCUGUGUGGGAGUUCCCAGUGACUGAAGUCACCCACUCAUGGAGUGCAUGUGGGCCCGCAAGGUUCUUCCCAGUGUCUGCUGAGAAAUAAGACUGAUGGAGACUUGGGUCUGAUCUUCGUAUAGUUUAACGUCAGGAUUUUUCCAAAAGGUGGAUGUAGGGGUUAAAUUGCUUCACAACUUCAAGCAAGCAGUAGCAGUGUUAUUAAGCAGUAAUUGUGGUGCUAAACAGAAGUGGCCAAGAACAGUAAAUAAGAAACUACUAUACAGCUCUUCCCACAAGGACAGCAAUAAGUGCCUACCUCUCAUAACUCCUCUGAACUGCUCCUGUGCAUGCUUUGUUCUGAAAAAGCACCUUCCCAAACAGUGGACUUCCUGGUCCAGCUGUACUCCUCAGGAUCCCAGAAGAAAUGGGAAUGGCAAGAGCCCAGUGUGUAACCUGAUGAGAGAAAGCCUUGUCUCAAGACAGUGGUCUGCACCCUUAAAGAGCCCUGUUUCUCCCUCAAACAGGAACUUGCAGACCUGCCUGUGUUUUCCAGAUCAAACUGAGACCCUUGCAUUGUUUAAUUCUAAUGUAAGGUUAUGUGGAACACCAAACUGCUGUAGAGAAACAGUGCUAGUAGGUUGUCACUGCUGCUAGCAAUUGUGCAAGCUGCAGAAGAGGGCUUAACAUGGACAUGCAGUGCCUGCAUGAGAGGCAAGGAGUUUGAAGAUGCAGCAAGCCUGAUAGUGAGGACAGAAGAAUCUCCUUAAAGAAGUGGGACAAUCUGAAAUAUUGACCAUGUCUAUUAUGGAUCAUAGCCCCACCACUGGAGUGGUGACUGUUAUUGUUAUUUUGAUUGCUAUUGCGGCUCUUGGUGCCUUGAUACUGGGCUGCUGGUGUUACCUGCGUCUGCAAAGGAUCAGCCAGUCUGAAGAUGAGGAAAGCAUUGUGGGUGAAGGAGAAACCAAAGAGCCCUUUCUUCUGGUGCAGUACUCUGCUAAAGGACCUUGUGUAGAGAGGAAAGCUAAGCUGACUCCAAAUGGCACAGAAGUACAUAGCUAACUUGGAGCAACACAUGUAUAUGGACUCUGCUUAUGAUGUGUGUAACCAGCAGAAGAAUCCCUAUACUGUGAAGAACCUGGUCACAUGCAUACUACUCAUCAGAAAACACUCUGAUGAGGAUUAAAUAAGCUUUUUUUGCAACUGCAUGCACUGAGAAGUUGCACUUUGCAUCAGCUGUGUAUCCUAAUUCCUCUAUGACAGGAGCUGACUCACCUGGCAUAAUGUCCAUUGCCGGCAAUGGACACAGGGAUAUAUUGGUGUGAAGAGACUACUAGUGUUUUUUGUUACUUGAAUGUUUAGCUGAGCCUAUUUUGAUGGAGCUACUACUGUAAUGUGAACUACUUUACAACUGUGAACUGUAAAUAGGCUGCCAGAAGCUUUUUGCUUUGUGUUCCACAGCAUAUGGGAAUAAUAUGAUGCAACUGUACAUACCACACAAGGGGACUCCUGAACCACAACUGUAGAUGGGAUUCCAGACCUUCAGAACCAGAUCUGCAGUUAAAGCUUGUUUUGCUACUAACUUGAGUGCGUGGCCAUAAAUUCAAAACUCCUACUCUUAACAGUUUAUUGGACUGAUACAGAAUGCUUUCUUUGCAAAGAAUGUAUAAGCCUUCAGUAACAUGUUGAGGGAGGAAACACAGGAGCUACAAGAAAGGAAUCUAUUUCCUUUAGUUGCAGCUAGGUGGGUUAAGCUUUUGGCUGCUACAACUGAGUUCUCUAUGUAGCUACUGCAAGGAAACUGCCAUUUUGAUGGAUUCCAACCUGGGAACUAAUGAUGGAUACUGAACCCUCAGGGGUGGUCCAGGAGGUUUCCAGGAGUUUGAAAUGGCAGUAGAGCAGGCUCUUCUCUUCUGUAGGUCUGCAUGCUGAAACUGCAGAAGUGGUUACUUACUAAAACUGGCAUAAGUGCAACUAGUAUGAAUUUUUCCUAGAACCUGUUUGUGUACUUAGCAGUUAGGGUAUAUGUUAACAGCCUGUUGUAAAAAGGCAUUUUAGUCUACAGUCAAACAGUCAACUAUAGAAUUCAGUUAAUGUAUCUUGUAGAUAGCUCUCUUGAUUUAACUGUACUACUACAAGAUAAGUUUCAGUCUUUCCUACAAAAACAAAUGUUGAUAUGGGGAAGGGAGAUUGCUAGUCAGUUUGUAACAGUUUUUAGCUAGCAAUGGCAAAGUCCUUCCAAAAAGGACAUCACUUCUGUUUCCUGCUCUGUGCUAUAGUUCAGCUAUAGGAACUGUAAAAAGAUGUGUUAAACAGGGAGUGCUGGACCUCAAAGGUUUGGGGGGAGGAGAGGGGGCAGAAAGGGGAGGAGAAGGAACAACACUGAGCCACCAAUGGCAGCUUACAUAUUCUAAAACUCUUAGGGUAGGCAUACAUGCUUUGAGGCCACUGACCUGUUUUCCAUUACUUUACAAAUAGCUUCCUUUGCCUACUGAAAUUUUUAAACACUUAAUUGCCUAGAAGGGAAAAAAAAAAAGCUACUGUAAGUCUCUUCCCUGAGAUAAGUUACAAAUAAUGAAGUCCAAGUUCUUCAGCUCUAUAGGAAGCAUUAGACUUGCUUCUUGUACCUGUAUAUAUGGAAUAACUAAGUAAUAUAGGUCUAGCAAGUGUGCUUGAGAAUUGUAACUAUGUGCAAGACAAUAAUGGCCUAGGCAAAAAGUCUUGUCUGUUUCUUCUACAGUAAAUGUUGACUUGCAUUUUAGUUAAACAUUUGCUUUUUUUUUUAACUGAAGGCUGUAAUUUGAAGCAAAACUAAUGCUCUCAGUAGGAAAAAGCUCGUGCUGUUGCCUCUUGCGUACAAUAUGGGGUGCAGCUGAUAGAGGGCUAUACUUACACUGGUACAUGCUUUUUUUUAAGAUACUAGUCUCAUGAGACUUGCAUGUAUACCCAGACCCAUACACUUAAACCUGCUGCAUUCUAGACCUUUUGCAAAUCAAGGAGAAAAGGAUUAGUUCAGUAAGACUUUCUUUAGUUUCUAGUAGAGAACAGUUCACACAUGGCUCUUGCAGGUUUCAAGACAGUCAGACAACUGGUAUACAAAAGUGAUACGAAGUGGUGAAGUUCUAGAACAGAAUAGUUGUAGCAAGAUGACUUUGUCCAUUCAAGUUUACUGAUUACACAGAUGAAGUAUCUCUAUUUUAAUUCAGCAAAGAGAAUGCAGUGUAAAGGGCAAACUUCAGAAAUUAUGGAAAAGUAUAAAUCAAAGGUCUAAUUUCUUAAUUUCUCUUCCAGCAGCUGUAAGAGCCAGUAAAAAAUAACUGGUCUUAGUCAGAGGUGCUUCACACUGUUGCCCCUAAAAAUCAGCAUCUUUAAGUUAAAUGGAUAGGUGUUUGCAAGUUAGUGCAAUAGUAAAGUGCAGAAAGUGUUUUCCAUUCUCCUCUUCUCUUUAGAUGUGGGUAUCUACUAAGUUGUUCAAGUAUACAAAAAUAUUCCAUUUGAUUUUUCUUUUUUUAGAUCACGUGGGGGAAGAAGUCUUUAUUUACAAUGAAUUUCAAUAAAAUUUGCAUAAAUACCUACCCAA